GCUCGCUUGCUGUGAUCUAGCAAGUUUCGCUAGCUCCAUUAAUUAAAAUUCAAGUUUAUCACGUUAUAAAUAACAAAUAAACAUAAUAGGUACAAUCACGGAAUACCUACAUUCAAAAGGAAGUCGCUAUCACCCUCUGAUUCUAAGAAAUAAAUAUAUCUUUUAGUAAUCAUUCUGUUUUUAGGAGUAAUUAGUGCUUUUACAGUGUUUGAACUAAUUAAAUUGAUAUUUAAAUCACUUUAUGAACUAUUUUCAUCUAUGAAAUGUUAUCUUUGUGAUGGCUAGCAGUAAAGUGAUACCGAAAGAUAAAGUUCCCGAUGUUUAAUCACAAGUUACCGACUGACUUUCCAAUGCAAACCCUUCGUAAGAAAACCAGCCCUUGCAAAUACAAGAACGAGCCCGGUCGGUUCCUCGGCGAGGGCGUCUCGUUCCGCGCCAAGCUGAUCGGCGUGCUCGAGGUGCCCGAGGCUAGGGGAGACCGCAUGUGCCAGGAGGCUCUGGCCGACCUGAAGAUGGCCAUACGAGCCGCUGGAGAACAUAAGCAGAGGAUACAAGUGCACGUGGCCAUUGAUGGGCUGCGACUGCGCGAUGAUAAAACGGGUGACUCACUGUACCACCACCCGGUGCACAAGAUAUCGUUCAUCGCGCAAGACAUGACGGACUCGCGAGCAUUCGGCUACAUAUUCGGCUCGCCAGACACGGGCCACCGAUUCUUCGGCAUCAAGACUGAUAAGGCUGCAAGUCAAGUAGUUAUAGCGAUGCGGGACUUAUUCCAAGUAGUGUUCGAGCUGAAGAAGAAAGAGGUGGAAAUGGCCAAGCAGCAGCUAGAAGGAAAGACGGUCACCAGCUCGCUAGUGCGCCACGCCGCCGCCGCCGCUGUGGAGACCAAGUCUAAGAUAACUUCAAUCGGCGAGACAAGUACGUCCACGCCUAAAAGCGUAGAAGCAAGCGGUGAAGGCGGCGUGGCAGAGCUGGUGGACUUAGAACAAGAGCUGUGCUCUUUACGCCGGGGGCUUACGCAGGUCGAAGGGCUCACUCCCUCGACCGACCCCUUCGGAGACUCCUUCAUUGUGCCCGCACAGUCACAAAAGGGUCUCCUCCCCCCUCCCCCUUCAGGAUCGUCCAGCCGCGGCCGCAAUACCCCGGCGACCACCACGCGCACCGUAUUCAGUCCUAACAAGACCCCGGCGACGCCUUACCCAUGUGACAUGCAAUAAAUAAUUUUAAUUUGACAAAGAGCUCAACCGUCAUCUGUUAUUUCUUGUCCAUUGCAGAAGGGUCUCCUCCCC